CUAAAGGAUUUAGCCUAUUUUUGUAGUAUAUGUUGCUGACUCGUACACUUUAGCUCCGCCAGUCUCUCCUUUAUGUUUUAAUUUCUAAGGAAAUGUUAGGAAGUGUUGCUGAGCUAGCUAACCUUUGAGGCAAGCAGCGGCUGAAAGUAAAAGAAACAUGUCUCUGGUGAAGCGGCUCUGUGAAACACCUGCAUUAAAACUUGUUUCACAUUUGAGAGCGUGCAGAAAGAAAAUUCACAACUAUAACAUAUGCUGCACAGUGUUCAGACACCGCUGGAUGAAAAGUGUCCCUGUUGUAAACAGCAGCUUCAGGAGGAUUAACACGCAAGAGAAGGAAACUGUGGACCUGUCCAAGUUCCCUGUGGACAGAAUCAGAAAUUUCUGCAUCGUUGCUCAUAUCGAUCAUGGGAAAAGCACUUUGGCUGACAGGCUGUUGGAGCUGACAGGCGCCAUAGCAAAGACUGAGAAGAACAAACAGGUUCUGGACAAGCUUCAGGUGGAGCGGGAGAGAGGGAUCACCGUGAAGGCCCAGACAGCCUCGUUGUUUUACACCCACAGGGGACAGCAGUAUCUGCUGAAUCUAAUUGACACACCAGGUCAUGUUGACUUCAGUUAUGAAGUGUCUCGUUCGCUCUCUGCCUGUCAGGGUGCUCUGUUGAUUGUUGAUGCCAACCAGGGAAUUCAAGCACAAACUGUUGCUAAUUUCUACUUGGCUUUUGAAGCCCAGCUGACAAUAAUACCUGUGAUUAAUAAGAUUGAUUUGAAAAAUGCUGAUCCAGAGCGAGUGGCGUCACAGAUUGAAAAAGCGUUUGAUAUUCCAAAAGAGGAGUGUAUCAAGAUUUCAGCAAAACUGGGAACGAAUGUUGAAAAGGUUCUUCAAGCAGUUAUAGACAGAGUUCCUCCGCCUGUGGGGAGCAUCAAUGACCCAUUUAAAGCCUUAGUUUUUGACUCCAAUUUUGACCACUACAGAGGAGUGGUGGCCAACAUUGCUGUGUUUGGAGGUUGGGUCAAUAAAGGGGACAAGAUCAGGUCGGCACAUCUCGACAAAACCUACGAGGUCAACGAGCUGGGUCUUCUGCGACCAGAUGAGCAGCCAACACAGAAACUAUUUGCUGGCCAGGUGGGAUAUUUAAUAGCAGGGAUGAAGGAUGUGAAAGAGGCCCAGAUUGGUGACACACUCUACCUCCAGGAGCAGCCAGUCGAAGCUCUUCCAGGGUUCAAACCUGCCAAACCCAUGGUGUUUGCUGGCAUGUAUCCAGUGGACCAGUCAGAAUAUCCCGCCCUUUGCAGUGCUAUUGAGAGGCUGACCCUGAAUGACUCAAGUGUCACAUUGCAGAAAGACAGCAGUAUGGCCCUGGGAGCAGGCUGGAGACUUGGUUUUCUGGGUCUUCUCCACAUGGAGGUGUUUAAUCAGAGACUGGAGCAGGAGUACAAUGCUUCAGUCAUCAUAACUGCACCCACUGUUCCCUACAAGGCUGUCCUCUCCUCGGCCAAACUCAUCAAAGAACGUGGCAGUGAGGAGAUCACCAUCGUGAACCCGACGCAGUUCCCAGACAAAUGGCUGGUGUCAGAAUAUUUGGAGCCCAUGGUUCUCGGAACCAUUCUCUCUCCUGAUAUUUACACUGGCAAGAUUAUGACACUUUGCUUGAAUCGUAGGGCAGUCCAGAAGAACAUGGUGUACAUUGAUGACCAGCGUGUCAUGAUGAAAUUCCUCUUUCCUCUGAAUGAAAUCGUUGUGGAUUUCUAUGAUCUCCUCAAAUCACUGUCAUCCGGAUAUGCCAGCUUUGAUUAUGAGAAUGCAGGCUACCAGGCUGCUGAUUUGAUAAAGAUGGAUUUUCUGCUGAAUGGGCGACCUGUGGAAGAACUCACCACCAUCGUACACAGAGAAUGUGCACACAGUACAGGGAAAGCCAUGUGCGAGCGACUAAAGGACGCCAUUCCAAGGCAGAUGUUUGAAAUCGCCAUACAGGCAGCUAUUGGAAGUAAGGUCAUUGCAAGGGAAACAAUAAAACCAUACAGGAAAAAUGUUCUUGCAAAAUGUUAUGGUGGUGACAUAACAAGGAAGAUGAAGCUUCUGAAGAAACAGGCUGAGGGUAAAAAGAAGAUGAGGCGUAUUGGCAACGUAGAAGUUCCUAAAGAUGCUUUUAUCAAUGUUCUGAAGAAGAAGGAAAAAUAGUUAAGAAAUUUAUUCUAAAUAAAAUGAAAACCAAAAGCAUUAUACAGAUGUAAUUGUGUUCAUC